UUAAGUGAAAGUAUAAAUGACCAUUAUAUUUUUAACAAAGACAUAAGGUUCGUGCGCAUUGAGACAGAUCAGUACCACAGCACACUCAUUGUUUUCCUUCCUUCACUAUUGAUGUGAAGAAUGCGCAUUCACUCCGGGGUUAAGUUUUUCAGACAAGUAAACACUAAAGCUCGGAUAUGCCAAUGAGGAAAAGGGGCACGGAUGUUAUAUUUAUGAAUGCGUAGGUGAAGGAAGUACUAUUAUAUCAUGUAGGUAGAUAUGGACGAAUAUACUAAAUGGUGACAAAAAUUGUGUUGAUCAGGAUGAUAGCUCCAAUAAUAUCCUUUGAUGAGUUUCAAAAGAAAAAAUAUGGCUUGAUUUACGUGACGUAUACACCCCCUCUCCCUUUGAUACUCUUUACAAAAAAAAAAAUUAUGCGAAUAAUUUUGUUUCCUUUUAACUGUUAAGGCAAGCACUGAUACAGAAAGAAAGAAGAAGUUUCCAAUCUACCAAAAAUGACGCCGUUAAAGCUACAUUUGCCGCAGCUCAAGGAAGGGGAGCAGCCCAUGGAGUUCCCUGAUACAGAAAGGAAAGAACUUUCGUCGUGGUGUUCACAGGUCACGGUCGUGCCCCAAGGGCUCGCGUACUAUCGACGCCUUGGUUUGAUGACUCGGCUUCAUGGUGAGGCAGGGCGUUUGUUCCAGGCCCAGAGCGAUCCUCAAAGCGUAGCGAAUCAGUGGGUCUACGACGCAUCCGACAAUGACGAUGAAAGCGAUGACAGCUCCAGUGAUGACGAUCGUGGGGCGGAAAGCCACCAACAGCCGGCCUCACAACGGAAGAAAUUUACACAGAUAUCCGAAGAAGAUCUUUUGGUAAACUGGUACGAUGUCCUAAAGCUGGAGCAGCAAGAAGGGGCCACCGAUGAGCAGAUCCGGCAGGCUUACAAACGUUGCUGCUUGGAAACCCAUCCAGACAAACAGAAGGAUCACUCUGAUGAGUUGUUCAAAAAGGUACAGCGUGCGUUUGAUAUCCUUGGUGACCCAGAUGCGCGUCGGUCAUACGACUCCUCACGGCCGUUCGAUGACAGUAUCCCGGAUGCGGUUGUGGAGGAAUCGAUGUUUUACCGCACCUUUGGUCCAGUCUUUGAGCGAAACAAGAAGUGGAGCAUUGAGAAGGACUUACCCUCGUUAGGAAAUGACACCACCGCCUACCCCAAUGUAGUGCGUUUUUACGAUCGCUGGAGUACUUAUCAGAGCUGGCGGGACUUCUCGCAUGUUGCAGAGCUCUCCGAAAUUGAUGACUCGAUGUGCCGCGAGGAGAGGCGUUACUACAUGCGCGAAAAUGAGCGCCAGCUAGCACAGCACCACCGUCAAGAGCUUAAAAGGAUUCGGACUCUGGUGGAGAGGGCCCGGAAAAAUGAUCCUCGCUUGCGCCGCAAACGAGACGAGGACGAAGCCAAACGAAAGAAAGAACAGGAAGAGAGAGAGGCGUUUCGGCAACAACUGCGUGCAGGGGAGCAACUUCGCCAGAAGUUGGAAGAGGAAAAGGAGCGAAGCCGACAACAGGAGGCUAUUCGUGCGGUACAGGCGCAAAAAGACGCCAUACGGCAAGCUCAAAGGGAGCUGCUAGCUUUUUUUGAAAUGCAUCACUUGAUUGACGAGACGCCGACCAACAAAAUUCUUUCCAACGCGGUUCGAAAACCCAACAUAACGUGGCUGUUUUUGAAGAUAAAUGGUGCACAAGAGGCGCAGGCGGUCCUGGAGGCAGUGCGAUCUGCUAGCACCACCCACAAGUCCAAGCGGACCAUCACAGAUGCGAAGAGUAGGGUCAUUGACAACGAGGAUGAGGGCGGUGAUGAUGAAGUUGAGGCAGUUCGAGUGUUCAAUCGCCUCAUUUAUGAACGCGAAAAACUCAUUGGUGUUGACCGCUAUGGGGAACCUAUAAAAAAAGCUGGGUAUGGAGACAAAGUGAAUGUUCCGAGCGCAGCCUCCACUGGGGGCGGCGGUGCCGGCACGUCAAGUGGGAACAAGAAGCAGCCGUCUCCCGUGGUGUGGACCCCCGACGCUCUCGCACGUUUGCAGAAAGCCACGGCUAAAUAUCCCCCUGGUACCAUCGAGCGCUGGCCUAAAAUUGUUGCUGCCCUCCAGAAUCGUUACACAGAGGAACAAGCCAUGGCAAAAGUGAACGAGCUAAACGCUUCGCUGAGCAACUGCAAUAGCAGCCAAAGUGGCGCCGGCGGUGCGGCAGGCGUUAGUGGUGGUGGCGGGUCCUCAGAUUCCGCAUCUGCAGCUACGGCAACAACUCUUGUGGAUGAUUGGACCAUGAGGCAACAGAAACAACUUGAGCAAGGCCUACGCGAGCUUAAGGACUACAAGGAGAAGGACAAAUUCCAAAAGAUUGCCGGAAUGGUGGAUGGCAAAACUGCAAAGGAGUGUUUCGAUCGAUACAAGUUUUUGUGUUCAAUAAAGCGCAAAGCGUAG